UUUAAAAAAUAAAAUAAAAUUCUCCAACUCUCCUUUGAGUGUUGUCUGAUUGAUUAGCCCCGGGGGUUAACAAACUCCCUUCCUCGGGGAAAAAAAACCGGUGGUUUUGUAUCCCAAUUGGCGAGAGAGAAAUUAAGUUGAACGCGAACGAGAUGAGCUACUUGUCAUGGCUUCGUCAAUCAAUGUCGUGGAAGAAGAAGAAUUUGAAAUCACAGGAAGCUACAGAUCCUACUUGUCACAAGGAAACUGCGGAAGUAAAAGCCCUAACAGAAGAUGAAGAGUUCGGAGUGACGGAGCAGUUGAAGAACUUCGUCAAAUCCUUCUCUGUAGAUACGUUCAAAAAUUUCCCUCUUCAAGAUGAUCAGAGAACUGUCGACAACGCCGGCGAUUCAGCACCGACGACCUCCUCUAAUGUCCAGAAGGAUCUGUCAGAGUGGCAGGAGCGGCAUGCAAUCAUCGUUCUCUCCAGAGUCAAGGAAAUAUCACAACUAAGAUAUAUUCUCUGCCCUCGGUACUUGAAGGAGAGACAAUUUUGGAGAAUAUAUUUCAAGCUUGUCAAGGAUUAUGUAGCUCCAUAUGAGAUACGUGCAAUACAAAGGGCAAAACUCAAGAGGAUGGGGAUGGAGGAUGGGACGUCAUUAAGCACGAGUGCAUAUGAAGUGGAGAUGGCAGAGGCAAAUCCAGUAAUGAGUGUGUCACCUCCUGCUUUUUUGGAUAAUGAUUCAGAUGAGAUUCCAAGCACUGGUGUUCUGGUAAAGUAAGUUAUGAUGGAAAUCAUUUUGCAGAACGUAGUCACGAAGAUAUUUAUAUGACAAACCAAUCUUUCAAUCAUCUGGACUGGUUCAGCUGAUAGAUCUGUGACAUAUAUACCUUCAGACAGUGAUUUUACCAUACUGAUUCUAUAACCUGCACUGAUUAAUUAGUUCUCCUGACAAUGUUUUGCUGGAACAACAUGAUCAGUAUGUAAAUUGAACGCGUGACUACUUUAUACCUCUCAUCCUCAUGUCUUCAGGAAAAA